UUGUUCCAUUCCCUUUGCAGCACUGUUCGUCGCAGUACGAGCAGUGUAGUUGUAUCCCAGUAGCUUCGACAACGAAACGAACCAAAUGAUAUAACAUCAGACUUUAGAUUGUGUAUAAUCUUAAUUUUAUAUUUUUUAAGGUUUGUUUCAUAGGUUUAAUUCAUUAAUUGUUUUCGAAAUGGAUGGGACGGAUUUUCUACUUGGAGGUGUCGCAUCGAUGGGAGCUACGCUGUUCACAAAUCCUUUGGAGGUGGUUAAGACACGCAUGCAGCUCCAAGGGGAACUUGCCGCAAAAGGUACCUACGCCAAGCCAUAUAAAAGUAUUUUGGAUGCCUUCCUGACGAUUGCCAAGAACGACGGAUACUGGGCCCUCCAGAAAGGAUUGGCACCAUCCCUUUGCUUCCAGUUUGGGAUCAAUUCGGCCAGGUUGGGGAUCUACAACACGGCAUUCGAGAAUGGAUACACGGUGGCUAAAUCAGGAAAACAGUCCAUUUGGAAAUGUGCCUUUUGGGGCGGUAUCGGUGGAUUCAUAGGAUCGGCGUUGGCAAGUCCAUUCUUCAUGCUUCGAACGCACCUUCAAUCGCAAGCCGUCGCACAAAUAGCCGUUGGAUAUCAGCAUAAGCAUACGGGAAUGUUGAGUGCCCUGAAGGAAAUCUUCCAGCAACACGGAAUCCGAGGCUUAUACAGAGGAGUGUCCGUGACCAUGCCGCGCGCAAUGCUGGGAAGUGGCGGUCAAUUGGCCGGCUAUGGCUAUACGAAGGAUAUGUUACUAAGGUACCCUCUGCAUUCUCAGCAGUCGGAUCGAUUGGUUUCUUUUCUCUCUGGGAUCGCCGGAGGAACUGUUAUGGCUAUCACGAUGACUCCACCAGAUGUGGUGGCCACUCGUUUGUACAAUCAAGGGGUCGAUGCAAAGGGAAAGGGUCUCUAUUACAAAGGGGUGGUCGACUGCUUCUUCAAAAUUCUCAAAACCGAAGGAGUGGCAGGGCUAUACAAAGGCUUCUGGCCUCAUUAUAUGAGGAUUGGGCCACACUCAAUGCUGGUGCUAGUAUUUUUUGAUGAAUUAAAAGCUAUUAGGAAGAGGUACUACCGAAGGAAAGAAACACUGUGAUAAUUGUUGCUUGUUUUUAUUAUUGUUACCGAGCAGUCUUUAAACGUCAAUAAAUCUCCACUAACGAA